GUAUUUAAAGAGCGCGGAGAAGGAGAGAGGCAGAGGAAUACCGGUCUCCUCGUUCCUUUUCCUGUUUCUUCUCCUUCUUCCGUCCCUUGUCUCGUCUUCUUCGUCUUCGUCUCUGGAGUUUUCUGGGCUCCUGCUCCUUUGGUGGUGUUGUGAUGGUGGAGGAGGAGAUGGACGAAGAGUGGGUAGCGAUGGCGAUGAGGAGCGACGCCAUGGUCGCGGAGAUGCUUUUGCGGCUUCGGCUCCCGCAGGCGGAGUUGCCGAGGUUCUCGCAGGCGGCGGCGGCGGCGGCCUCGCUCCCUGUUAGGUGGGGGGUGGUGAGGAAGAGGGCCAGGCAGCCGGUGGCGAGGGCCGAUGGGUGGUGCGACCGGGAGGGGGAUGGGAAGGCCGAGAUGGAGGCCGCCAGGGAGAAGGUAGCGAGCCCGACCACGCCGCUGUCGUGGAGUGGGGGAGCGGGGUCCGCGGGCAGCGGUGACGGAUCGGAUUCGUCGAGCCACCCGCGGGUCAAGGCGGCUGAGGUUCUUCAGACGGCCGGUGGCGGCGGCGGCGGCGGCGACAACGGUGGCGCUGGGUUCGGGUGUGUUGUCAGAUUGAAGGCUGCUGCAAGAGAAGCAAAUGCAUUGAGACUGCCGAGUAAACGACCAGCGAAGAAGAAGACAAUUGCUGUCCUGAAAGAUGAGGAGAACAAACUUCUAAUCGAGAGAACGAAUUUAGAGAAUGAUAUGGAGAGGUUAAUGAAGACUUACAUGAGCCUGGUAAAGCAAAACAAGCGUCUAAAGAUGAUAAAGUUACCUCCAAAGGACGUGUCAAAUGGGAAACCAGAAAUCUUAGCUUCCAAAACAUCUGAACAAGCACCGCAGGAAGCCGUUCUUCCAGCAGAGGCUGCUGAUCUUGAUCCUGUGACACCGCCAAGUGCUUCAGGUGCAAAGGCUGAUUUCUUGGCCACGGGUGCCGCCAUGCAAGAAGUCCACGACUCUGCUCUCCUUACGAACACUGAACCACUCUCUAGGACGGCAAACGCCACUCAUCAGAGCCAUGCUGCCAGAGAAACAUGCUCGUUCUCCCCUGUUCCCGGCUGUGGUGAAGCAUUUUUUAUUCCUGAUCUGAACUUGCCUGUAGACGUUAGUUUUGCGGGCGAUGCGGCGUAGCUACGUCUAUAGUUAAUCAUAUUUGAGCUCCACGUCUACCUUAUUAACUGUAUAUAAGCACUACUACCUUCACCAGAGUACAUCAGGAGUGAUGGAAUGCUAGGUCAGUUUCUGCUGUGAACCUCUAUGCGGCAGUUGGUUCCUUGAUUCUUUGCAUUCUUUUCCUUCUGCGUGGAUCGUAACCCUUUUAACACCUCACUGUGAAUGAAAAUUUGUUCAUCAGACUUUUUUCCUUGUUGCUGCUGGUUGAAGGCUGCUUAAUUUUUGAGGUUGUAGGUCUGUAAGUACCCCACUAAACUGCCUGGGCCUGCCGAAAAUUUCCAAAGGCUUACAGGCUUGGUCUUGUUUAUGCGAGCUGCCAUGUCAAAAAACUGCAAAGCUGCAUAUUUUUUUGUUGGCAAUAAAACUUCCGGAUGGGCAAAGUAUUAUUUCUAUUUGUUUA